AUGACUGCCGUGCAUAUGGUCCAAGACCCUGGUCCUCCGACUGUCCCACACCUAUCAGACGAUAAGAAUGAGACUGCAGCUUAUAUUAUAGAGACUACAAUUGGGAAGGGUCAAGAUCAACCGCUAAUCCCUAAACGGCUCUCGAAUGUAUCAGUUGUAGACGACGGUGAUAUUAGUCCCAAGCACUUGCCCUCUACAUCAUCUCCCAUAAAGAGAACAGAUUCCGCAGUUGCAAACCACACGACAGCAGUACCGACAACACUGGACACUAACGGAGGCACGAAAUCGGAUAGCAAUGUUCUGUUGCAUAGUAGACACCGAAUGUCCUCGAAAUCGUUACCGAUGCAAAGGAGAAGAUCUACGAGAGACAGUAUACGACAGGGCCCCUAUCAUCCUGGAAAACAUGCAAGAAUUAUACCAAUGGAUUCUAAUUCUUCGUCAGCAAGUUCAUCUUCGUCUUCCUUGCGUUCACUGGAACACCGCCGUACACAAUCCACAUCUUCUCAACGAUCUGUACCCAACAGCACUCAUAAUAUCACUACCAGCUCGAAAGCAGCCAAUCAACGCAUGGCAAGAUCGUCAACAGAUUUGCAUUCACAUUCUAGAAGCAGUGCUAGAUUCAAUCCUGAUUUACCCAAUAAGGCGCUGACACGCUCCCUCGCUUCAUUAGACUUACAACAUUACGAAGGACCGGAAAAUAAUAUCAAUGGCAAUAAUACUAGCGACACCACUCAUCAUGGAACCAGUAAACAACUGAACAAUGACGGGGCUCUUAAGAGAUCAGAAUCAGCCGCGCUGGAAAUACAAAAGAUGAGACAGUCCCUUUUGCAGAAGCGUGAGAUGAGACGUAAGCAAAAAAAGUUCCUAGAUGAUGAUAGAGUGUUGGUUGGCAAUAAAGUAACUGAAGGUCAUGUCAAUUUCAUCAUUGCAUACAAUAUGUUAACUGGAAUAAGAGUUGCUGUUUCAAGAUGUUCCGGGAUCAUGAAACCAUUAACUGAUAAAGAUUUUAAGUUGACUAAAAAAUUAGCAUUUGAUUAUCAUGGAAAUGAACUGACACCAAGUUCUCAAUAUGCGUUUAAGUUCAAAGAUUACUGCCCUGAGGUGUUCAGAGAGUUACGUGCCCUUUUCGGAUUGGAUCCUGCAGACUAUUUGAUGUCCCUAACAUCGAAGUAUAUUUUGAGUGAAUUGAACUCGCCUGGGAAAUCCGGAUCUUUCUUUUAUUUCUCAAGAGAUUACAAGUAUAUCAUCAAAACAAUACAUCAUUCGGAACACAAACAUCUACGAAAAAUUUUGAAAAGGUAUUACGAGCACGUUAAACAAAAUCCUGAUACAUUAAUUUCCCAAUUUUAUGGGUUACACAGGAUAAAGAUGCCAUAUUCGUUUAGAAGCAAGAUCAAAUAUAGAAAGAUUUAUUUUCUUGUCAUGAACAACUUAUUCCCACCGCAUUUACAAAUUCAUAAAACAUUUGACUUGAAGGGGUCUACUUGGGGACGCUAUACCAAAUGUGAAAAGACAGAGGACCCACAACAUUCCCCUGUUUUCAAAGAUCUAAAUUGGUUAGAGAUGAAUGAAAAGAUCAACUUUGGCCCAUUGAAAUCUAAAAAGUUUUUACAACAGUUACAGCAAGACGUGCUUCUAUUGUCUGAACUUAACAUUAUGGACUAUUCAUUACUUUUGGGAAUCCACAAUAUCGAGACAGGCAAUGAUUUGAUUGAAGAGGGGAACAAGAACGACCUCGUUGAUCCUCUAGAAGACUCAAAUGCGAUGCCAAAUCUACUUCCAAGUCAAAGUUCUAGGAGAACUAUUCAUCAACAUAAGAGCCAUCAUCAUCGACGUCAUACUCAUCACUCAGUGAAUCCACCUAUCAACAACACACAGGUAGUGAAGCAUUUCUUCCAACAAGACGAAGGCGGUAUUAGAGCCUCAGAUCAAUUCAACAAUGACUUAAACCAAAUAUAUUUCGUAGGAAUUAUUGAUUGUUUGACGAACUACUCGAUGCUCAAGAGAAUGGAAACACUUUGGAGAAGUAUGAAUCACGAUUUGAAAGUGGUAAGUGCUGUUCCACCCAAAGUUUACGGCGACAGAUUUUACCAUUUCAUUGAAAAUUCAGUUAAUAAACAUUACGACGAAAAUCAACAACAGCCAGGAUAUCACGACUGA